UCCGCCUCCUCUCCUCCUGCAUCUCCGCGCUGCUGCGGCCUCCACUCGCCUCCCGCGCGCGCUGUGUGCCGCAAGCCGUUGUUUGGAUCCGGCACGCUCUCCGCCUAGGCGCAGGCGAGUGCGCGGCCCUCCGUGCGCCGCUUGCUCCUGACACGCGCGGAAAUGUCGCGCGCCAGGGUGCGGUCACGGGGGACAGCGCGCAUUGGGGGCUAGCGGCGACGUGAGCGGCGGGCGGCGAAAGAUAGGUGCAGCGCGCCGGCGGACUGGGCUAGUGUGACUAGAGGCGGAGGCCGGUCACGAGAUCACUGCGACGACAAACUCUCGCGCGCGCGCCCAGAAGCAUGCAGACAUACAGGGGACGUUUGUGAGGCGCUUUAAACAGCCCUCCUCACGCGCGUGCUUACCUGGACGUCUCCGGGCACACAACAGGAGACGCGAAACAGUCCGGCGAGCGGGGGGUUGCGGAUCAGCGCCGGGAAUACAACACAAGGGCCGGGGGCGGGCGGGCGGGCGAGGGCGGCGGCGGGCGGAGGAGGCGCAGCAGCGUCAGGAGCGGGAGGCGCGUCAGCGUCACGUGCGGCAGAGGAGGCGGUGAUAGAGCGCGCGAUAGAGGCGCAGGUGCCGUGGCACCAGCUGCCGCAGCGCACGCGCAUCCUCCUGGGCACCAUGGACAUGUACCUGCAGCGCAUGAUGGCGUACUCGCUGCGCAUGCAGCGGCCAUGGCAGGCGCAGGUGCUGGCGCCCAUCUGCUCCGAGCACGACUACUAUCUCGACCUCCUCUCCAUCCUGCACCACAACCAAGACGUGUUUCCGUACCAUCUGAGCGCGUACAUCUGUGGCGUGCUGCGCAUCUCGCCCUUCCGCUUCUACCGAGACAUGCUCGUUGACGCCAUGGCGCAGGAGCGGUCGUACGACAGUCUGCCGAACAUCACAGCGGCAGACGUGGUGCGCGAGAUGGGAGUGGGGCGCAACCAGUACCUGCACACCAUGCUCGCCGCCCGGUCCACGCUGAUGUGGCGGCUGAGCCGCAAGCAGCAGUUGAGGGACUGUCUACCGCAGCAGCCAGUGCCAGAUGGGGCACUGCAGCCGUGGUGGGGGGUGUGCGCUGUGGCCGUCCAGCCCGACGACCUGCAGGGGCUCUCCCCCGACGAGCUCUACUCGCUGCAGCUGCUGCAGCACACGGAGGGUGGGAGGUUGCUGGUGGGGGAGAUGCGCGAGGACGUGGUGCGCCAGCUGUACUGCCGCCACCUCGUGUAUCUCGAUGUGCCCGUUCUCCCCUCUGACCGCGUGCAGCUGCUCCCCCUGGAUGGUUUCGUGUCCAACCGCAACACUCAAGGGGCCCGGGACGUGGAGAAGCUGUUCUAUGACCUGCUAGUAGCAGCGAGCCACACAACCACAGUGGCGGCCCUAGCAGACACCCUCCAGGUGCCCCUGCACCGCCUGCUCCCCAUCGUCUCCCUCGCAUGCCGCCUCCGCUGGGCCGAGAAGCUCCCUCCCCUGCCCUCCCCCCCCCGCGCUCCGCCUAGCCCCCUGCCGCUAACCAGCACACAGGCUUCGUUGGACUCUCCUGGUGUGGCCCCUGUGGAGGAUGGGGGGGAGAGUGAUGUAUGUGUGGAUGACACAGAUGCUCCUGCUGCUGCUGCUGUUGAGAUUGGUGUUGGCGGAGCGGGCAUGAGCAGUGGUUUGCAGAUGGCAGCACAGGCCACAGAAGCUGCCACACACAGGCCUGUGCCUGCUGUCGCAUCCACUGCUGGCACUCCACGUUCCACUGCAGCUGGAGUUGCAAAACCGUGGGACAGUGGAGCUAUGGGUGAUGUAGCAGCGGGUGACAUAAGAAGCAGUGCGGACUGCCUGAUGCCCCAUGCAGCAUUGCAUGCAGAAAUGCAUUCAGCGCCCGCAGCAAUUAUAUUCCCUGCUUCCAUGCAUGAAACCAUUUGCAGCCCUCUCACCAACAUUCCCCUGCCACCUGAACCCACCCUUCCACAUCCUUUCCCCCCACCAGUACCCUUCCCCUCCCCAACCCUAGCCCUCGCGCCCACCCUAAUCUCCUCUCCCCAUCUCUCCCGCAACCCCAGCUCCUGCAGCAGCAGCAGCGCUUUGGGCUUGGGAGGGGGAGCAGUUGGGAGAGGAGCGGGCACAGGGACGGGGCCGGUGGUAGGCGCAGCAGGAGGAGGGGCAGAGGCGAGUGCUGGCUUGAUUGGAGGGGCAGGAGUGGGGGUGGGGCCGGUGGGAGGAGCGGGGGAGGGGGAUGGGCAGCAGCAACGAGUGAGCGUGGCUCUGCUGGUGGAUGCACGCAUCACAUCGUUCCUCAUGAUGGGAUCCUUUUCCCAUGAUCUGAAGCGGCACGCAGUGAUGCUAUUUGAGGCGGGCAAGCUAGCAGAGCCGCAGGUGCUGCAGCUGUGGGAGCAGCUGCUGCUCGUGGAAAGCAGCCCUGACCUCGCAGGGGACCUGUUGCGCCUUCGCACCCUCGCCUCCUGCCUCCGCUGCGCCAUUGCUACCCUGCGCUCCCUCUCCCUUCCCUCUUCCCUUUCGUCCUCCUUGUCCUCCCCCUCUCGCUCCUCUUCGUCUCCUUCUUUCUCCUCCUCUGCUGCCCUCUCACUGCCUCCCCAACUUCAACCACUGGUGAACCACCAAGGCCCUGCUAGUGGGAGGGCAGGGGCGGAUGGGGAGGAGCAGGAGGAGGAGGAGGGGGAGGGGCGGAUUGCAGUGGAGGAUAGGACGGAGAGGGAGGAAGAGGGAGGUGCAGCGCAGGGAGAUAGCCACAUUCACGGCCAUGGGAGCAUAGAGGAUUGGCAAGGCACAGUAGGCACAGAAACGGCUGACGAGACAUCAUGGAGGGCCAUAUUCUCCCCUCCUCGUGCGUCCUCUCUCCCUGAAACUGCUGCUGGUUCUGCUGACUUUGCCAGUGCUGCUGGCCCACUCGCUCCCGUGCUGCAUGACUUGCCCGUGCUUGCAUCAGCUGAUGAUCUCUCAUUGCCAGCAGCAGCAUCUGGAGCAGCAGCAGCAGCAGAAGGAGCGGCAGUAGCAGCGGCAGCAGCAGCAGCAGCAGGAGCGGCAGUAGCAGAAGGAGCAACCGCAACUGCUGUCCCAUCAGCAUCAGCAUCAAGAGGCGACACCUCGUCUGUGGGGCCUGGGGAUGGAAUGGAAACAGCUACCUCUCUGCACCCAUCCGUAACUGGAAGAAACUCCUCCCCAGCACCAGCUGGCGCUACUGGUUCUGCUGCCUCCUCUGGUGCAGCCACUACAAGUGCCACCACCACCACCAUAAUCAGCACAUCCAACAACACUACCUUCCUCCCAAGCGCAUCUCCUUCCCCUGACUGCCCGUCCCCCAUGCCUCCUCACCGUGCCCUUACCCCCUCACACCUCACCCCUCCUCCGGCCAUCAUCACCUCUCCACGCUCCCCUCACUCCUCUUCCACCACCCCUCGCUCUACCAACCCCCACUCUGCCUCCUCAUGGUCCCACCGACUCAGGCAAGCUGCAGGGGCCGCGGGAGCGCGACUGUCAGAGUCACUCUCCAGGCCCCCGUCAGGUCCACUGCAAGGGCCAGUUUCUGAAUCAGUAGCCCCCUCUCUCCACCUUCCCUCGCUCUCCUCCCUCUCCUCCUUCUCCUCGCUCUCCUCGCUGCACCUCUCCCACAGCAGCAUCUCCCAGGCGCUGACAGAGGUGGCCGGGACCAUGGCAGGCAGUGUGGCAGACAGAGUGUCAGCCGCUGCUGACUCUCUCGCUGCUGCCAUCACGCCAAGGGGGGCCCCGGCACGUCAUGAGGUGCUGUUACACACCCCACGCUCCCAGGGCGGAGCAAGGGGAGGGGAUGGGGUGCAAGAGAGAGCAAAAGCAACAAGUAUGGGCAGGUCCAAUUCAGAUGGUACUCCGCGGCAUCAUUCCCCUGUGACCAGCAUUCGUCCUGGUUUAAUCACGAAAAAUUGCUUAGAAAAGUCUCCGCCUCUCCCGUCUAACCGAGUGGAGAUUAUUCGGGGGGAGAGUCUGGCGUGCCUCUCCCCGUCCAUCCGCCAUCGGCUGCUGUGCCGCGACUACCAUGUCAUUGUCUCCGCUCUCCCACUCCUCCCCUCCGCCAUGCUCACACCUCCCUUCCCUGACUUGCCCCCUGCUGCAUCUACCACUGCCACUGCAGUAGCUGCAUUUGCGGUGGCACCUGCAGCAGGCAUUGUUUUCCUUCCUCCUGCUGCUGCUGCUGCUGCUGCUGCUGCGCCUGUUACACCUGGGGACCCCUCUUUGACCGCUGCCAGCAUCAUCUCUCCCCACAGCUCCUCUGUGCUUCCGCUCCCCCUAAUGCUCUCUCCAUCUGCAGCAACCACAGCGCUAGCACAGGACAUAGAUUCACCUGCGCUUCCCACACCAGCAGCAGCAAUACCACCACCAGCAGCAUCCCCACCAGCAGGCCCAGCAGCAAACCCAGCAGCAGCAGCAGCGGUGGCGCACUAUGGAUCCCCUGCGCCUGCCUUUGCCACGCCAUGGCUGAAGCUGCUCCUCUACGUGCUCGCCCGCUCCGGCCCUCUCACUGUCAUUCUCGUGCGCGGGCAGAGGCUCAGACACCUGCCCAUGGUGCUGCGCGCAUGCGAGUGCGCCCUGGCGGUGGGGGGGUUGACAGUGGUGCCUGGAGGCGUGUUGCUGCAUGUGCUGAACACGCUGCUGGUGCGGUCAGCUGUGAUGGUUCAGCCUCUCGCAAGUACUCGGUAUUCCAUCAGACACAUACCACUGCCUCUCCUCCCCACGCCCCGGCACAAUGUUGAUCCAGGAUGUGCUGCUGAUGGUGAUGCUGCAGCAUAUGCUGCUGACGACGAUUCUGCAGGAACAUGUGUUCUGUUACGUGAGACAUCAGGAGCAGACAAAGCGGAGGCAGACAAACCAGAGGCAGACAAGGCAGGGGCAGAGAAAGCAGGGGCAGAGAAAGCAGGGGCAGCUCACGUGGGCCAGGGCGGCAUGGCUUGGGGUGGCAGCACGAGUGUGACUGCAGGGGAGGGCGAGGUGGACGAGGGGAAGGACCUUGACACAGGAAGGGGGAGGGCUGCAGAGCAGGAGAGGGAAAAGGAGGUCGGUAGAGAAAGGGAGGGGGCGGAAGGAGGAGGACAGCAGCUGGUGGGAAUGAGGAGUAUCGAGCGAGUGGCGCAUCGCCUGGGGCUGACAGGCAUGGGCGUGCUCACACUCAUGCAAGUGGCCAGAAAGAAUGGCGAACCAAGCACCCUAAUGGCAGUGGGAGUGGAGAAUGGUGCUGGCAUGGCAGAGCGUGUCAAUCAGCAUGCUUGCAGCGGUGGUGGCAGUGCGGAUGCUGCUGCUGCUGAGGAGAGCGGAGUUGCCUGUGAUGCUAUCGAGCCUGAGAGGGACUGGGUGCCUCACUCGCUCAGUCUUGGCUUGCCACUCUUUGAUGCCGUGCUCUGUGCUCAGGUGUGCAGCGCCGCCCAUCAAGCGUCUCUCCUGCACGAUUCCCAGCGGCAGCAGCAGCUGGCAGCAGCAGCCACCACGCGCGCUCUUCUCCUCGCUCUUAUCCGAGACCUGCGCCCCCACAGCGCCCUCUGCCACGCUGUCUCCCGGCUGCACGCGCACCGAAUCAUCGCGUUUCAACACAAGUGGAUGCUUGCGGGAGAGGGUGGGAAGCUGUGCGACUGGGUAGGGGGAGGUAGAUAUGGGAGGCGGUUGAGAUGGGGGGGAGGGAGUGGAGAGGAGCAUGCGGACAGUGGCAACGGCAGCGGCCCUGGCGUGGAAGAGAGAGAUGCGUCUGCUGAGCGGUGGGAGCAGGCAAAAGAGAGUGAGGGCACGGGCUGUGGGAGUGGGAGCAGGAGGCAGGCAGAUGGUGCAGUGAGUGUGGGAGCAUGCUUUGGGAACAAGGCCGGUGCUGGCAGGAGCUGUGGGUGCUGCAGGGACGGGUGUGGAGGCAGCGCGAGGCAUAGUAUGGGGGGCAGAACGAGGGGCAGCGGGCAUGGCAGUGGUCUGUUUAUCUGUGUGCAUCUGAUAGCAGGGCACUGCAUGCAGGGCGGGUGCAGAGAGGCUCACAGGGUGCAGCGCAGUCGCUCGUCAUCAAAGUCGUUGUCAAACAACAAGCGAACAAACCCCCCACCAGCAGACACCGGAGAGCACCUGGAGCCGCCAAGCAUUGCGUGCACGCAGGUCCGAGCGAGCUGUGACUGUGCAGCAGAGGAGAGUCUGACCUCGCCAGUGGGUGCAACUCCGCCUGCCAUGUCUGACCAUUUGAUCCCUGCUGACAUGUGUCGCUGCUACUCUUCUUGUAGCAGUGAUGACUUGAAGGAUGAUGCUGCUGGUGCUGGUAAUGUUGGUGUUGGUGCUGGCAGUGGUGGUGCUGGUGCGGGUGGUGAUGGUUAUCAUGAGACCGAGGAGGAAGAAGAUGUUGAUGACGACGACGAACUCACAUCGCUGGUUCUCCCUGGUUUGAACCUCUACUUCGACGGCACCUCCCUCUGGCCUCUUGACCUCUCCUCGUUCCGCCAGGGAAGCGUGCUGCCAAGAAUAGUGCCACCGCCUAAUCGCACCAGAAAGCAGGAAGGCAGAUAGAUACUGAUCGGCUGGAAAAGAGCCAUAGGAUCUUUGGCAGAGACGAAGUCCUUCAGAAGAUAGAGUGCUUGUUCGCACAGCGGAAGUCUGAGUUGAACCCUUGUACUACUAUGUGAGAACUGUUGGGCUGAGAAAAGCCCUUAGGAUCUUUUCAGAGACUAAGUCCCACUUGUACAAGAUGCUUGAGUAAUGCAGC